AUGCAGAUGGCGAUUCUUGUUUAAAUUCCGUGGUUUCUCAUUUAUUUGUUCUCUUUCAUUACAUCAUUGUAACCUUCAGAAGUAAAAUUUCUCUUCAAGUAUGCUGCUUUUACUGUAUACAUUAAUUGCAAGUGUCUCUUGCCUAGAGCCUUUAUGGAAAGAACCUUUAACUCAUCUCAAUAAUGCCGAAUUACAAGAUUAUUUACUAAAAGUUCAUAAGCAGUGCCCGAAUAUUACUCGAGUGUAUGAAUUAAGUCAACCAAGUGUGAAUGGAUGGCCACUUGUGGUGAUUGAAUUCACCGAACAUCCUGGAAAACAUGGGUUUCUUAAACCUGAAUUUAAAUACAUUGGAAACAUGCAUGGUAAUGAAGUUCUUGGUCGUGUUCUGUUAACUAGCCUUGCUGGUUAUUUAUGUGAUGAAUAUAAAAAAGGAAAUGAAGAUAUUCAACAUCUGAUUAAUAUUACUCGUAUUCAUAUUUUACCAUCAAUGAAUCCUGAUGGCUGGGAUAUAGCAACACAGUCUGGUGGUAGAGAUUGGCUUGCUGGAAGAGAAAACGCCAAUGGUAAAGAUUUAAACCGAGAUUUCCCUGAUUUAAAUGCAAUUGCAUAUCAAGCAGAACAGCAGAAACAGUUAAGAACAAACCAUCUUUUUUCAGCAGAUGUUAUUGACCAUAAGUUGCAACCAGAGACAAAGGCCGUUAUACAGUGGAUUUUAAACAAUCCUUUUGUAUUGUCUGCUAAUUUACAUGGUGGAGCUCUAGUAGCUAAUUAUCCAUAUGAUGAAGCAAGAAAACCUCACAAGCUUCAUGAUUACACUGCUACCCCUGAUGAUGAUACCUUCAGGUAUUUGGCCAAGGUAUAUUCUGGUGCCCACAAAACCAUGGCUGCUGACAAGCCUAUAAGCUGUGGUGGUGAUGAUUUCACUCAUCAAGGAGGCAUUACUAAUGGGGCAGCAUGGUAUAGUGUUGCUGGAGGGAUGCAAGAUUUUAACUAUUUGAGCUCAAAUGAUUUUGAAAUAACAUUGGAGUUGGGAUGUGACAAAUAUCCUGCUGCUGAUAAACUCCUUGGUGAAUGGGAAAACAAUAAAAAAGCUCUAAUUGAUUUUAUCUGGAAUAGUCAUAUUGGCGUUAAAGGAGUGGUAAAGGAUGCUGGUAAUGGAGUUGCUUUGCCUGGUUCAAAAAUCAAAGUUUACAAUAUUACAGGGAAUCGUGUGAUAGAUCAUGAUAUUACUUCAGCCGUAGGAGGAGAAUACUGGCGACUUUUAACACCUGGUGUCUAUCGUAUUACUGCUAUGAAAGAAGGUUACAUACCUCAAUCUAAAAAUGUUACUGUAGUCAAUCCUCCAAAACAUGAAGCUAUCCGACUGGAUUUUGAUCUUAUGCCAAAUUUUGAAGAUGAAACCGACAUAUUGUUUGAUACAAUGAGAACUGAUCCUGAGACACUAGAGAUUUUGCAGCUGUUAGAUUAUUUGCGAUCUCGUGAACAGAAUGAUGACUGAAUUUUCCAGCACUUGUUAUAAACAAGGCACUGUAUCUUAUGAACUUUAUAAGCAUAUUCCCUUUCCAUUCCUUGAACAUUGAAAAGUAAAUUAAAUGUUCAUUUCAUUCUUCUGUAUGAAAUUGUUCCUUUUAACUUAAAAUUACAUAAAUAUAUUGACUUAAUUCAAUUUAUGUGGUUAUCCCUAGUACUUAAAAUAGCAAUUGAAUAAAAGACAAUUUGUAAUGUUAAUUAUGACAGUUGCUGUGUACAAUUAGCAUUUUUUUUAUAAAUAACUGCUAAUAUUCUAUAUGAAAUAAGUUUGAUUUUAAGAAUUUAUUGUGUGAUUAAUGCUAAACAUGCUGCAAUUUUUUAAUUCAUUUUUUAAAAUCUUAUAUUGUUUUAUACUUUAAUAAUAAUAAAAAAACACAAUUGUGAUUAAAUUUAUACUUAAAAACUUGAUUCUGAGUUAAUACUUAAAUGCAUUGUUUUAAAACUUACAUUGUGAUAGUACAUGAAUUUGUUUUGAAAUAAUUUUAUUUUUUCUGUAAAUAUUAUAUUUGAUGCAUUAUGAUAAAAUUUCUUAUGUGUCAGUUUGUUUUGAAAAAAUUUUACACUUUUUUGAGCUUGAAAUCUAGUCACUUCCUGAGUCAUAUCUUCCAAAGAAAAUUGUUUUCUAAAAUGAGCACUUAUUUUUUACCUGUUAUUUUUAUUAUUAUUAUUUUUACUGUCAAGAAAUGCAAUAUUUUAAUUUUAUUGUUAAGAUACUUAACUUUUAUCAAAUGUUGUUAAACAAUGUUGAUGGACCAAAAAUUUUAUCUGUUGUAAAAAUAUUCUAAUUUAUCCCAAAUGAUAUCUAUACAUUUAGAUAUAUAUUUAUAGUUUUAUGUCUGAAUUUCUAAAUGAUGUUUUUAAAUUCAACAAUGUGUAAACAAUUCUUAAUUAUUGUGGCUGAAGUAAACAAAUAUCAAAUAUGUUGACAUUAGUUUCUUUCAAUACUACUAGUCUUUAAAUAUCUCAACAUGUAUUAAUAGUUACUGCAUGAAAGUAUAUAUUCAUCUCACCUGUUUGAUUUCUGUAAUAGUAGAUAUGUAUUAAUAAAUUGAAGAAAAUAUA